CUUCCGGUUCGGCCAUUGUUUUUUGCUUCUACCACCGAGCAAGGUGUUGUGCGCCGAGGCGGCGUCGCAGCGGUACUCCCAGUGACACUCCCCUCACCCUACAUCCCAACUUUGAAAAACAGCUCCUGGGACCUGAAUUAUAGACCAUCAUUUUAAUCAGACAAACUGCUGCUGGAACAAGCUUCUCCUUGGGGUCACAAUGGCCACCCCAGGCAGGGAAACUUUAGGUCUCAUCCCCGGGAGUGCUGUGCUCCAGAAGCAGGAGCCAGGAAGCCAGACCUGGGGGCAAGGCUGCAGCCUCCAAAAGAACCACCUUCCUGUUUGUGAAAUUUUCCGGCUACACUUCAGGCAGUUGUAUUACCAUGAGAUGUCUGGGCCCCAGGAGGCACUGAGCCGGCUUCGGGAGCUCUGCCACAGGUGGCUGAUGCCAGAGGUGCACACCAAGGAGCAGAUCCUGGAGCUGCUGGUGCUGGAGCAGUUCCUGAGCAUCCUGCCCAGCCAGCUCCGGACCUGGGUGCAGCUGCACCACCCUGAGAGUGGCGAGGAAGCCGUGGCCGUGGUGGAGGAUUUCCAGAGACACCUCAGUGGAUCAGGAAAGGUUUCAGCUCCAGCACAGAAACAGGAAAUGCAUUUGGAGGAGAUGACAGCCUUGAGUGCAACAGAGGAAUCUCUUUCUACUUCACUCAGUAACGGUUCAGCCCCUGGAGCCCACCUGGAGCCUCCUCAUGACCCAGGGGCAUACUGCCUCCCCAAUGGGCACUCCGCUCAUUGUGCUUCCCCAGUGUCUGCCCUUCCCCAAGUGAGGAACAUAGGAGACCAAGCAGCAGAAACUGUGCUUCAGAUGGUCAGGCCCCAGGGGUCUGCAGUGUACAAGUUCCUGUCUGUGGACUACACUGAACAGAAGUGGGAAGAUCCAUCACUGAGUCAGAGAGCCCCGUACCAGAACAUCAUGCUGGAAACCAACUGUAGCAUGGCCUCACUGGUUGAGACUCGGAUGGAAAAUUCAGAGUUGCCUCCAAAGCAGGAAAUUUCUGAAGAAACAGAGUCAUCUGAUGGGACAUCAGGAGGCCUGCAUGGGGUGGUACCUGAGGGACCAGAAGCUGGAAAUGCCUGUGAAGAUGCUUUAAUGAAGCUAGAAGCACAACCCUCAGAGGAGGAAGGGAGCAGACUGGAAAGUGAUUUCUUGGAAAGAACAUGUGAGGAUAAAAACAAAUCUACAGAAGAUGGAUGUGAUGAGUAUAAGGAUCUUGGGGAACAUAAGAAUCUGUCCUGUAGUCCUACAGAAUAUCAAGUUUUGAAGGCACAGAAAUUAUAUCAAUGUGAUGAAUGUGACAGAGCUUUCAAUACGAGUACACACCUCAUUAACCAUCAGAGAAUCCACACUGGAGAGAAACCCUUUGUAUGUAAUGAGUGUGGCAAGGCCUUCAGGCAAACCUCUCAGCUCACGGCUCAUCUCAGAACCCACACAGGGGAAAAGCCCUAUGAAUGCAGCAAGUGUGAAAAAACCUAUAGGCACAUGUCCAAUCUCAUUCAACACCAGAGAUUCCACAAUGGAGAGAAACCGUAUAAAUGUAAUGAAUGUGGAAAAGCUUACAGUGCGAGUUACACACUCUAUGACCACCUAAGAACCCAUACUGGGGAGAAGCCUUAUGAAUGCAUUAAGUGUGGAGCAGCCUUUUCUCAGAAUGCAUGUCUUCUCCGACAUCAGUUACUUCACACUGGUGAGACUCGGAUGGAAAAUUCAGAGUUGCCUCCAAAGCAGGAAAUUUCUGAAGAAACAGAGUCAUCUGAUGGGACAUCAGGAGGCCUGCAUGGGGUGGUACCUGAGGGACCAGAAGCUGGAAAUGCCUGUGAAGAUGCUUUAAUGAAGCUAGAAGCACAACCCUCAGAGGAGGAAGGGAGCAGACUGGAAAGUGAUUUCUUGGAAAGAACAUGUGAGGAUAAAAACAAAUCUACAGAAGAUGGAUGUGAUGAGUAUAAGGAUCUUGGGGAACAUAAGAAUCUGUCCUGUAGUCCUACAGAAUAUCAAGUUUUGAAGGCACAGAAAUUAUAUCAAUGUGAUGAAUGUGACAGAGCUUUCAAUACGAGUACACACCUCAUUAACCAUCAGAGAAUCCACACUGGAGAGAAACCCUUUGUAUGUAAUGAGUGUGGCAAGGCCUUCAGGCAAACCUCUCAGCUCACGGCUCAUCUCAGAACCCACACAGGGGAAAAGCCCUAUGAAUGCAGCAAGUGUGAAAAAACCUAUAGGCACAUGUCCAAUCUCAUUCAACACCAGAGAUUCCACAAUGGAGAGAAACCGUAUAAAUGUAAUGAAUGUGGAAAAGCUUACAGUGUGAGUUACAAACUCUAUGACCACCUAAGAACCCAUACUGGGGAGAAGCCUUAUGAAUGCAUUAAGUGUGGAGCAGCCUUUUCUCGGAAUACAUAUCUUCUCCGACAUCAGUUACUUCACACUGGUAAGAAACCCUACAAGUGCAACGACUGUGGGAAAGGUUUAUCUUCUAAAAGAGAUCUUAUUGACCAUCAGAGAAUUCACACUGGAGAGAAGCCUUUUGAGUGCAAUGAGUGUGGCAAGGCCUUUCGUCAGAAUAGUAAUCUUAUUCGACAUCAGAGACUUCACACAGGUGAAAAGCCCUAUAAAUGCAAUGAGUGUGGAAGAUCCUUCGGUCGAAAGUCACACCUCAUUGCACAUCAGAGAAUUCACACUGGGGAGAAACCCUAUGAAUGUAUUGAGUGUGGAAAAGCCUUCAGUCAGCUUUCUACUCUUAACCACCACUAUCGAACUCGAACUCACACUCGAGAGAAGCUCUGAGGUCUGGCUUCAUCAGGUUCUUAAGGUGUAAGUUUCUAAGACAGAGCAAGGAACUUUGAAUCAAACUUUCUUUAUAAGAAGGAUGUUUACCCUUAUCCCCUCUUGGAACCAUUAAUCAAAGUGGGCCAUUCCCUAAAUGCUGUCUGUUGGGUCAUGAAGGUGGAGAGUGGGAGGAACAAUGCAAUCCUUCUCCGCUAUUGUUGAAGUGUGGACUACACGUUUCUUGUAUUUGUUGGGUUUUUCCCUCCCUCCCUCCCUCUCUCCCUCCCUCCCUCAUUUCCCUCCCUCCCUUGUUUCCCUCCCUCCCUUCUUUUUCCUUCCUCUCUUCUCUCUUUUUCUCUUUCUUUCAACUGUUCAGAAAUGUAUCUCAUUUCUUCAGUAUGCAUCCCAUGAUCAUAUCAUGCUUUUGAAGAACAGAGAUUAUAUCUUAUUCUAGUACACCUCUCCUAUUUUAUAAAAUCAUUCUCCAAGACUCUGAUUCAUUCUUUACUUUCUCUUCGCUGUAUACCUCCUUACCUACUUUUUUUGUUGUGUUAAUCCUCAUCAGAGGAAAUUUUUCUGUUGACUUAUUUAUUUCAGUGAGGGAGGAGGAGAGA